UGUGUUGCUAUUUUGUGUGAGUCAUCUAGCUGCUGACACGAUGACUGUUGGAUCUUGGGAGUGUACGAUUAUCAAAUUGGGAGAUGCAGCAUACCACGAUAUCCUGGCUUCGGCUGGGCUUGAAAUAACCCUUUUGCUGUCCUCCGCUCUUUGCAUCAGUGGCUUCCUAGAUUCGAGUAAGGGCAUUUGUGUAGCUGAGAUGUGUGUCUACGUGAAAGAUCAUGUGGAGAGAGUCGUAUUGGCAUUCGCAUCAAGCGCAUUGCGCAUUUUUCGAAUUUUGGCCCCCUUCCAGGGACCUUGAUUUUUACCCGCUGGCACUGACGUCUUUUAAUUGGUCAGCCGGUUAGCGCGGUCGAUGCUAAUAAUUAAAACACACACACAUACACCAGCUAGACGACCCAACCGGGGUCACGUGGGAGGGGGGGGUUGGACUCCCUCCUGCGGUCCCUGCCUUAGAUAUUUUUAUCGCGAGAAGGGUACAGCAAUUCCUUCCCUCGCGACUUCAGAAGUCGAUCAAGUUUACUAACAAGGAGCUUUGCAGCGCAUGGCUUCUCACGGAGACCAGGAUUUAGACUAAUUAGCGAGAAAAAACUCACUCUGUCGGUACUCGAACCCAUGACCUGGCCUUUAGAAGGCUGCGAGGCUACCCACUACUAGUAGACCACCGGGGCGACCGAUAUUGUACUCUGCUGUUGAUAGCACGCAGCGAUACAGCUCGGGAUGAUGGGCCAACUUGGGAAGCGGGCGAAACAGGCAACGCAAGGCCAUUGCUUAAGUAGUGUGCAUACACGCGUUGCUCAGGGAUUUCGAAAGGAGUUCCGAUCCGUUCUUUCAGCCGCUACACCCAAAUACACGCCCGAGAGUAUUUGGAACACCCGCAGCUGCAGACCCUGUGAAAGAGUGGAAAGUGGGUUGGGAGGGAGGAGCCUUGGUCACACUUUGAUAGCAACUCUUUGGGACUAACCGAUGUUGAACGUAGCAAGGCUAGGUUCUUCAUGCGAGCAAGGCUAGGUGCUCACCCCACAUCUACCCUAACCCUUACCCUCACCCAGGGCCAAAGCACGGCCUAGCGGCCGCGAACUGGGCGUCACGCGGCUGCGCCACGUGCUCGCAAUGCGGAAUGGGGAGAGGGCGCUGGAGAGGAACCGGUCGCCAGAACCAUCGCCAAACAAUGUCCAACCAAUCAGAACGCGUUAGUCCUAAAGAUCUACUAUCAACGUGUAGACAAAACUCGUUGGGAGGUUGGGACACGGUCACCUCUCGGCAGCGCCUGUUCCGUGGCACACUUGAACAUACCUAGAUGACCCCGCGGAGUAGCAGGGAAUAAGUGCUGGUAAUUGCUCAAGAACACACCUCCUCGCCGCCCUCGCCUCCCCGGGGAACGGUUGUGCGAAUUUUGUUUCGGACAACCGGUGGGACAACACGCCGCAGCGUACAGCGGUUACCAAACCACUGCUGUUGCCAUGGCGGACAGUCCUACCUCCCGGGCAACGGUGGUCACCGGCAAUUUUCCUCAGGAUGAUGUCAACCAGAAACUCGCAUCCAAGUCCACCAUGACAGCAGAUCCAACUCAAUCAUCACGUGUGUGUGCCAAGCGCCAAGAUCCUAAACGCCUAGACUACAAGUCUUGCAACACACCGAGACCUCUUGACUUGUUUCUCUUCGGCGCUCCGACUAUCUCGCCCUGGGCAACGCAAUGAAAGCCGUAAAAAACACCCCGCCAUCGCCGCCGCCGUACGCGCGCCGUGCUCCGGCAUCGGCUAGUCCCGUCCCUUUAUGCACCAACGAAUCAAUUCUCCCCCUGUCGUAGAAUCAUACACACACACCGAGAAGUCCAGUCGGUUCAAUGCAUACAGCAGUAGAAAACACGCACUCGAUGGACCGGGACGGAAAUAACACAGAAUUACAAGGUCCCCCUUCGGGACGUUGGUAUCAGGCCCCCCGGGGGUGACGCAAGUAGGAAAGGAAGUAGUGAAGUCAUGGAUGAAACUGCAAAGUUCGGUAGUGCUCGCCCCCGUACAAAACAUCGCAUGUAUCAUGGGACGGAGGAGGUGGAAAGGGUUGGCCGACGAGGGUAACUCUUAUGUUAAGGUUGUAUAACUGUUGGGCAGCUGCAAUCUCGACGUGGGUUGCGUAGGCAGUUGGAACCGACAUGAGUUGGAGGUACUCCGGAACAUUUUGGUAGGUUUGUUGAGGUUGACCAGCUAUUUGAAUAUUCUCUGAAUUUAUUCCAACAAAUAUGGAGUCGAAGAAGGUGUUUCCUCCAGAAUUUGGGAUGGGGUUGUGGAGGUUGUCGUUGAUGUGGUCGAUGAGUUGCGUUCUGACUAAGUGAUGAGCCUGGUCCGCGCGCGGGCGGCGGGGUAGAAGCAGCCGUAGGAGCAGCCGGCGGAGAGGAUCCAGCGGUGGAGGACGAUGGUUUGGUAGGGGGGCUGGAAGCUUGGCGGCUUUGGCGAGGCAUGGAUGUACGGUGUUUAUUGCGUGAAAGCCGCUCUGGCGGUGUGAACCGUGAUUUGUGAUUAGNUGAGCCG